CCCUAACAGACUUCGGCCAUCUUGGUUUACGACUUCAGAACUGAGUACCUGCAAGUGGCAACGAAGUACCAGCGCAGUAGACGAAAUACAGUGAUCGAUCUUAAACAAUCAUGACUCAUUUGGCUGAUAAAUUUGCAAGUUUAUCGUUAAAGGAAAUAAACAAAAUCCAGGAACAAGUCUGUUCUGCAAUCAGCGCUCUUAACAGUGGAAAAGACCUGUUAUCAAUAAAGAAGAAUGUUCAAUGCAUCUUGGAGCAAGUCAACAAGAAGCUAGAUUUGAUCAAGGCUUCAUGCAAGGAAAAAGGUACUAAUCGACACUUGGCAGGAAACGGAUUUUAUACACUGUCUGCUGGUUGGAUCAUGCCCGGGGGGGUACUCCUGGGAAUUCUUGGCGAGGGUGCAGUGAUGCCAACUCUCCCGCUUUUGGCGGGAGACUUACGCUUUUCUGUCUCGUCUCCCGCUCUCCCGCUUUGGUUCAUAAAUGUCCCGCUUUUUACGUCCACUAUAAAUAUUGAAUACUUAGUAAAAAAUAAAACAGACUUAGUUUGAGAUUUAGCCCAUUUUUAGCUCAAAACUUUAAUUUUUCUUAUUCGCAGUACGGUUUCUGGGGCAUUUUUGCUCGUAUUUAGUCAUUGACAAAGAUUAUACGAUGAUUUCGAAUUUUGAUAGUACGGUACAUCAUGUAAGACGUCAUAUAAUGUCCUAAGUCAUUCCCAUUGGGGGCUGGUCAAUUUUUCGGGGGCGGGGGGGUCGUUGGAAUUCCUGGGGGUAGUGAAAAAAAGACAGUCUCCUGAUUUUAGGUCUCCAGAGGUUGGCAUCUCUGAGGGUGUGCUGCCCGGUUCUCCAAAUCCUGACACUAUUUCAGGCAAAAAAAUGCCACUUUUCACCCCCUUAUUUAGACCUGGUCUUUGAGAAAUUAUGUCAUUAUUACUUAAAUUAGAACAACAACAAAAACGAUUUCUUAAAAUCCAUUUUGAAUUUGCAUAUUUCUCUUUCUUUGUUACUCAUUUGGAAUUGAAACGAUAAAUACAUUCAUACACUCCUGUAGUUCCCUCGAAAACCAUACCAGAUUCCAGACCAAAAUAGGCAAAGUGUAUACCCAUUUUCAGACCAAAAUGGCACAAAAACCCUAACAUAAGGGAGUACCCCUCAUGGGAUCAUGGAAGUUUCUCCCACCAUUUUUAUACAACAGGGUUAGGGGGGGAGUGUAAGCCCAGGGUCAGCCCAUCAGGUUUAAGUGGCUUUAAAUUACAUGUAAAUCAUACAUUCAUAUCACAACAAUCUGUAGUGUUUCAUUCAUUUAUUAGUCAUUAUUUUGCUGCAAUAUAUCAUGCUCUAAAAAGGUAUUCAGAGAUUGAACUUGUGAUAGUCAGGUAAAUUCCUUGUCCUUUCCAGAGGAGAGGGGAUGAGGGCUUUGUCUUUGUCGAAAUUUUAAAAAAGGGGGAUAGGGAUGCAUUGUAAAGAAACUAUUCCAGUUCUGCAAUUUCUCAGUUAACAUUUCGUGUAUCAAACACCUAUACAUCGCCAUUCACAAUUAAGUGAUCCACAUUCAACAUUUUAAGACUAACUGACCUGGCAAAUCAUGAAGGCAAGGUGGUCUACUCUGUAAGAGCGGUUGGAAGGUCGGUGGUUAGGUUACCUGGUCCCUGGUCUCUCCACCCAUCGUCACCAUCAUGUUGCUUACAUUAAAAAAGAAACUUAAGGUGACUCCGUCAUUAAUACUGGAGCAUUUAGCUGUGACAAAUUUUCCAUCAUAACUUUUUUGGUUUUAAAGCGAUGGCUGCAAAACCAUUGCAAAGAACAAGAGGAGUUAUUCGGUAAUACAAUAUGAAAUAUUCAGAUUUCAUUGAUGCUAAAUAUUUCUUGAGAAAUUCGCGCUUAAAAGGACUCUACUGUUCAAAGAAAAUCGCGUCUAGUAAAAAAUUUUGCUGAUAUUUUUACUGAAUUUUGUGCUAUCGGUUUUUAUUGAUAUAAUAAAUAUGCCAGCGAGAUUUCAGAAAAAUCUUUGGAGCAGAAGUCCGUAACUAAAAGUCACUCAAAAUUCAGCUGUGAAAUUGUUUUGGAAUUUCAAACGUUAAUUACUAUCACGUAGAAGGAGCCACCAGUUCAAAUUUUUGGGACAAGUAAAUUCAAUGUUUGGUAAUUCUGAAAACAAAAACCAAUUGCCUAUUGUGCUAUUCUUUAAACGGUACUUUUUAGUUUAAGAAGCAGUAUAAAUUGCUCCAAACCUUGUUCUGACGUCAAAUGCUUUGUUUCUCAACAUUUUUAUAGUAUCCCUUAGCAGUUUUCGCUCAAACUCCAGGUACAUACAUUUUGAUGUAUUGCAAUGUAUCCUAGACAGCUUUUCCUGCUGCACAUUGCUUCCAAUUCAUGAAAAAGACGUCUGAUAUUUGUUCUCUGAUGUCUAAUGUCAGACGUCUCAUAUGAGACGUCUGCUGUCAUAUAAUUUUUUUAUCAGACGUCUGAUUUUAUGUUAUGUUAUAUAACUGUUAUCAGACGUCUGAUGUCUAACAUUAGACAUCUGAUACCAGUUAUAUGACAGCACAUGUCUGGUGUCAAACUUCUGACAUCAGACAUCUGAUAACAGUUAAAUGACAGCAGAUGUCUGAUGUCAGAUGUCUGAUAACAGACGUCUGCUGUCAUAGAGUUGUUAUCAGACAUCUGAUGUCUAACAUCAGAUGUCUGAUAACAGUUGUAUGAUGUCAGACCCCUGAUAACAGUUAUAUGACAGAAGAUGUCAGAUGUCUGCUGUCAUAUAACUGUCAGACGUCUGAUGUUAUCUGUUAUGUUAUAAAACUGUUAUCAGAUGUCUUAUGUCUAAUAUCAGACGUCUGAUAACAGUUAUAUGAUGUCAGACAUCUAAAGUCAGACAUCUGAUUUGAGACGUCUGCUGUCAUGUAAUUGUUUUCAGACGUCUGAAGUCAUUUGUCUUUUAUUAGACAUCUGAUAUCAGACAAAUAACAUCAGAUGCCUGAUGACAGUCGUUUGACAUCAGACGUCUGCUGUCAUAUAACUGUUAUCAGACGUCUGAUUUUAUAUAUUAUGUUAUAUAACUGUCAUCAGACAUCUGAUGUCUAAUAUCAGACGUCUGAUAACAGUUAUAUAAUGUCAGACGUGUGAUAACAGUUAUAUGACAGCAGACAUCUGAUGUCAGACGUUUGCCGUCAUAUAACUGUUAUCAGACGUCUGAUGUUAUAUGUUAUGUUAUAACUGUUAUCAGACGUCUGAUGUCUAAUAUCAGACGUCUGAUAACAGUUAUAUUAUGUCAGAUGUCUGAUAACAGUUAUAUGACAGCAGAAGUCUGCUGUCAUAUAUUUGUUAUCACACGUCUGAUGUCUGAUUUUAUGUUAUUUUAUAUAAUUGUCAUCAGACGUCUGAUGUCUAAUAUCAGAUGUCUGAUAACAGUUAUACGAUGUCAGACAUUUGAGAACAGUUAUAUAACAGCAGAUGUCAGCUGUCAUAUAACUGUUACCAAACAUCUGAUGUUAUAUGUUAUGUUAUAUAACUGUUAUCAGACGUCUGAUGUCUAAUAUCAGACGUCUUAUAACAGUUAUAUGAUGUCAGACGUCUAAAGUCAGACAUCUGAUAUGAGACUUCUGCUGUCAUAUAAUUUUUAUCAGACGUCUGAUGUCAUUUGUCUCAUAUCAGACAUCUGAUGUAAGACGUCUGAUAUGAAACCAGACAUCUGAUAACAGUUACAUGACAGCAGACAUCUUAUGUCAGAUGUCUGAUAUCACACGUUUGCUGUCAUAUAACUGUUACCAGAAGUCUGAUGUCUGAUUUUAUGUUAUGUUAUAUAACUGUUAUCAGACAUCUGAUGUCUAAUAUCAGAAGUGUGAUAACAGUUAUAUGAUGUCAGACGUCUGAUAACAGUUAUAUGUCAGGAGUUGUCUGAUAUCAGACAAAUAACAUGAGACGUCUGAUAACAGUUAUGACAGCACACGUCUGAUGUCAAACGUCUGACAAGAGUUAUAUGACAGCACACGUCUGAUGUCAAACCUUCUGACAUCAGAUGUCUGAUGUUUGAUAUCAGACGUCUGAUAUGACAUCAGACAUCUUAUAACAGUUACAUGACAGCAGACGUCUGAUGUCAGAUGUCUGCUGUCAUAUAACUGGUAUCAGACGUCUGAUGUCUGAUUUUAUAUGUUAUGUUGUAUAACUGUCAUCAGAUGUCUGAUGUCUAAUAUCAGACGUCUGGUAACAGUUAUAUGACAGCAGACGUCUGAUAACAGUUAUAUGACAGCAGACGUCUGAUAACAGUUGUAUGACAGCAGAUGUCUGAUGUCAGCUGUCAUAUAACUGUUAUCAGACAUCUGAUGUUUUAUGUUAUGUUAUAACUGUUAUCAGUUAUAUGAUGGCAGAUGUCUGAUAACAGUUAUAUGACAGCAGACGUCUGAUGUCAGAUGUCUACUGUCAUAUAACUGGUAUCAGAUGUCUGCUGUCUGAUUUUAUAUGUUAUGUUAUAUAACUGUCAUCAGACAUCUGAUGUCUAAUAUCAGACGUCUGGUAACAGUGAUAUGACAGCAGACGUCUUAUAUGAAAUCAGACAUCUGAUAACAGUUACAUGACGGCAGAUGUCUUAUGUCAGAUGUCUGAUAUCACACAUCUGAUGUCUUAUUUUAUAUGUUAUGUUAUAUAACUGUCAUCAGACGUCUGAUAACAGUUAUAUGUCAGCAGACGUCUGAUAACAGUUAUAUGACAGCACACGUCUGAUGUCAGAUGUCUGCUGCCAUAUAACUGUUAUCAGACAUCUGAUGUUAUAUAUUAUCUUAUAUAACUGUUAUCAGACGUCUGAUGUCUAAUAUCUGAUGUCUGAUAACAGUUAUAUAAUGUCAGAUGUCUAAAGUUAGACGUCUGAUAUGAGAUGUCUGCCGUCAUAUAAUUGUUAUCAGACGUCUGAUGUCAGACAUUUGACAUCAGACAUCUGCUGUCAUAUAACAUACUGUUGUCACACAUCUGAUGUCUUAUUUUAUAUGUUCUGUUAUAUAACUGUCAUAAGACAUCUGAUGUCUAAUAUCAGAUGUCUGAUAACUGUUAUAUGACAGCAGACGUCUGCUGUCACACAACUGUUAUCAGACGUCUGAUGUCAUAGGUCUGAUACCAGACGACUGAUGCGUAAUGUCAGACGUCUGAUGUUUGUCGCCUGAUGUCAGACCUCUGACAUCAGAUGUCUCAUGUCUGAUACCAGAUGUCUGAUGUGUAAUAUGAGACGUCUUAUAUUUGUUGCCUGACAUCAGACGUCUGAUGUCGUAUGUGUAAUAUCAGAUGUCUAAUGUCAUGUCUAAUAUCAGACGUCUGAUUUGUAAUGUCAGACAUCUGAUGUUUUUCGCCUGAUGUCACACAUCAGACGUCUGAUGUCAUAUGUCUGAUACCAGACGUCUGAUGUGUAAUCUCAGAUGUCUGAUGUCAUAUGUCUGAUAUGAGAUGUCUGAUGUCAUAUGUCUGAUACCAGACAUCUGAUGGGUAAUGUCAGACAUCUGAUGUUUGUUGCCUGAUGUCAGACGUCUGACAUCAGACAUCUCAUGUCAUAUGUCUGAUAUCAGAUGUCUGAUUUGUAAUGUCAGGCGUCUGAUGUCAUACGUCUAAUAUCAGACAUCUGAUGAUUAAUGUCAGACGUCUGAUGUUUGUUGCCUGAUGUCAGACAUCUGACAUCAGAUGUCUGAUGUCAUAUUUCUGACAUCAGACGUCGAAAGUCAGAUGUCUUAUGAGACGUCUGCUGUCAUAUAAUUUUUAUCAGUCGUAUGAUGUCAUUUGUCCUAUAUUAGACGUCUGAUAUAAAAUCAAACAUCUAAUAACAGUUACAUGACAGCAGACGUCUGAUGUCACAUGUCUGAUGUCAUAUGCCUGAUACCAGACGUCUGACAUGUAAUGUCAGUCAUCUGAUGUUUGUUGCCUGAUGUCAGAUGUCUGAUGUCAUAUGUCUGAUACCAGACGUCUGAUUUGUAAUGUCAGACGUGUGAUGUUUAUUGUGUGAUGUCAGACAUCUGAUGUCAUAUGUCUGAUACCAGAAGUCUGAUGUGUAAUGUCAGACAUCUGACAUCAGACGUCUGAUGUCAUAUGUCAGAUGACUAAUGUUGUUUGUCUGAAGUCAGACGUCUGGUGUCAGAUAUCUGAUGUCAGACAUCGGAUGUCAUUUUUAUACAAGAGUUUUGAGCGGCACAAAAAUUGAAAUUUCUAGAGUAGGGGAUUUUGUUAGGUCUUACUACUAUACCAACCCUUAGGUUCUUUUUUUUUAAUUUUGAUUAUAUCCUCUUUCAACCUUUUCUGCCACUCACACUUCCGAGUUUCACUCCUAUAGGACUUGAACUUGGAGGAAGGGUACUCUCUUAUAUAAACUAUAUAGGCAUGCCUGUUCCCACCUAUUUAGGACUUGAAUCUGGGAUGUCCAGUAUCCUAUAACCACUCAAUCAUGUUGGUCAAAUAUUGCAGCAUCAUCAUGGUUGAGGAGUACAGGGAGAGUGAGUCAGAAGGAAUUAGCAUCAUGGGAGCGACUUGGAGAGGGAAGGUUCUCAAGUGUUUACAAAGCAAAACUCAAAGGCAGUGAUGUAGCUGUCAAGGUUCUGAAAAAUCUCAAGGAAACCAAGCCACUGCUUACAGAGGGAAAUCUCCUAAGGUAUUUCUACUCAUGAUUCUCAGAAGUUACUCAAUUUCUCAGCUACAGAAAAUGGAAAAUAUUGUUUUGGUUUUGCGAUCAGGCAUUUGUGGAUUUUAUCACAUGGGGAAGAUUAAAUUAACCUGUUAUCAAGUAUUUCAGGGCAUUGAAAUUCUGUUAAUUAUUAAUAUUGUGGUAUCUGUAGUGCACUACUCUACACAGAGCAGGCUGGAAGUGUUGGAAAAUACCAUAAUACUAACAGAAAAAUAUUAGAAAUACACUCUAAGUUGAAAGAAGUGUAGUUGUCUGUAUAGUGCUGAAAUUAUGAGUCAUUUCAUCUGAAAGUAGCCCUGAACAUCAGCAUGAUAAUUAUGCAUUUUUUACAUAAUAAUUAUUGCCCCAGUUUAGUAUAAAGCUUCAUGUUUUCUAACUAAUUGUCCUAAUUAGUAUUUUUCUUUGUAUUUCAACAGGGAUCUUCAUCAUGACAACAUUGUUGCUUUUAGAGGAAUGAAUAUUUUGCAAAGUGAUAUUGUACAUGAGAAAUUUACCCUAAAAGCAGGAACUCCCUUCCUAGUAAUGGAAUACAUCCCUAAGAAUCUGUACAGAUUUGUGGAAGAUCACAAAACUCCUGAAUCUCAGGGACUUCCCAGAAGUCAGGUGUGGACUAUUGGCAAAGGAAUGGCUAAUGGUUUGACGUACCUGCAUAGUUUGAAUCCACCCAUAAGCCACAGAGACUUGAAGCCUGAUAAUAUUCUGGUAAGUCUCUCUCUUUUUAAGACUUUGUUGUUAUUUCUCUUCUUGAGUAAAGACUGUGUGAUUGUCUAUUAGAUCCACUGAAUUCUGAGACUUUCUGUGGCUAUUUUUGAUUGUUAUUGAUGAGACAAUGCUCUUAGAGAUGAAAGUGGCAAA